AUGGGUCUCGACGGAAAGAAUGUCUUGCUGACAGGCGCCUCUAUGGGAAUCGGCGAAGCAAUCGCCACGGCGCUGGCUGCCAAGGGUGCGAAUCUAGUUCUCCUAUCCAGGUCCAAAAAACUCAGCACUGUUGCGAAAAGCGUGUCGAGUGCCAACCCGAACGUCAAGGUCAUCUACCGAGCCGCUGACAUUGGAGUUUUCGACGUGGUCGACAAUGCGAUCGGCUCAGCCAUCGAAGAGAUUGGCGAGAUUGACAUUCUCAUCAACAACGCUGGGCUCGCUUUGGGAGCUCCCGCCAGGUUCCCAGACCUCAAGAUCGAGGACAUCAUCACCAUGUCCAACACUAACAUCAACGGAACCAUGUUCGUGACACACUCGGUACUCAACAGGUCCAUGAUGAAGCAAAAGCCCGGGAAGGGCACAAUCCUCAACGUCACCUCUGUCACUGCGCAUGAAGUGCCACCGUUCCCGGGCGAGGCAGUCUACCACGCGAGCAAAGCGUUUCAAGAGGGGUUCACCAAUUCUCUUCGCAACGAACUCGUGGAAACCGACAUUAAGGUGCUAGCAAUCAGGCCUGGUGUCAUCGCGACUCACUUCCACACGCAGCGUGUGGGUUUCGAUCAAGACCAGUACAACUCAUUCGUGGAAGGAUACGAUCCGCUUGUGUCUGAAGACGUUGCGCAGGCGGCGGUCUACAUGCUGGAGCAACCGGACAAUGUCUCCAUCAAGGCUCUUGACGUCGUGCCUACAGCCUUUGAAUGGGACGGCACUCCAACGGGCCGAACCGACAAGCUUGCCAACAAUGACGUCUACGUCGUCGGUGACAAUCCACACGCCGCAGUUGUCAUCGUUCACGACCUUCUAGGCUGGACCUUCCCCAACGCACGCCUCCUGGCGGAUCACUAUGCUCGCGAAGCCAACGUCACGGUCUAUCUACCAGACUUCUUCGGCGGUUGGGUUGUACCCUUUGAGCCAGUGCUUCAGAAUCGAUGGCACGAAAUUGACCUCUCGAGCUUUGGAAGGGACAAUUCACGAGAAAUUCGAGAACCUGAAAUCACCAACUUUGUCAAGGAGGUUCGCAAGAAGCACACGAAAGUCGGGGCUAUUGGGUUUUGUUACGGAGGGUGGGCAGUCUUUCGGUUAGGAGCAAAAGAGCAUGAUCCUCCGUUGGUUGACUGCAUCGCGACUGGCCACCCCAGCUUGCUGACCAAGGAGGAUAUUGACGGUGUUGGGGUUCCGGUGCAGCUGUUGGCUCCCGAAUUUGAUACGCAGUUCACCCCCGAGCUCAAGUCGCAUUAUUUCGAGACCAUGUUGAAGAAGGGCGUGUCGUUUGAGUAUCAUCACUACCCUGGUGUCGAGCAUGCUUGCUUGACUAGAGGUGAUCCCGGAAAGCCUGGAGAGAGGAAGGCGAUGGCUCUGGCAAAGUCGGCCGCGUUCGGCAAAGAAACAACAGUGUGA